UCAAUUGGCACACGCCACGUGUCUCCAAUUCAUUUUCUUCUCGUUCCCAUCCCUUCCUCCUCCCGUCGCCUUCCCCGACCCAGCUCAGAGAGAUCAGGCGGCGGCGGCCAUGGAGGGAGAGGUUGGCAAGAAGGCGCUAGAGUGCAUCCUCAUGCCGGCCAUGCUCGCCGCCAAGAACGUCCGGGCCCAGCGCGACCGCCUCCUGCAGCUCCGGCGCCGCCUGCAGCAGCAGCAGCGGAGCCCCGGUGUCCAGUACGUCGCCGCCGACCUCUUCAAGGUCUACUCCAUGGGCCUCAGGGCCGGCUGCGGCUACCUCAGCACCUGCCUCGACAUCGCCUACGAGAACGAUGCCGACCUCUCCUUCACCAACCCGGCCUUCGCCUUCAUCCCCGACGUUCAGCUCUACGACACGCUCUUCGCGCAGCGGCUCCGGCCCCGCCCGACCACCCAGAUCGACGCCUUCACCCGCAUCGAGGUCGCCUACUACGCCGCCGACCUGGCCAUGGGCUACCACGUCCCGCGCUGCAUCGAGUUCCUCGUCGGCGUCCGCCCGCCCUCCGUCACCACCAAGACGGACGACUGCAUGGUCGGCUACGCAGACGACACGCUCGCCGCUGCCACCGACCACAUCUUUAAGACCCGCCUCGCCGGCAUGGUCCCCGACGACUCUGACGACGCCACCGAGCGCAUCCCCAAGACCCGCCCCCGCCGCUCCAAUCAGGUCCAGGACCAGGAGGACAUGGACGAAUAUCCCGCCGCCCCCACUUGGGAGCCCCCUCAGGUGGCCAGCAGCAAGGACCCGGACCAGGCGCUCAGCUACCUCCACCGCGCGUGCUCCCUCGCCAGCCUCGCCGUCAAGCACAUCGACGCCGCUGUCGCCGUCAUCUCUACCUUCCUCGACCCCAAGGAGGUCGCCGAGACCGCCGAAAUGGCCGACGAAGACGCCUACAUCUCUGAGAACGGACCCUAUCCAUCGGAUUAACCAGCUCAGUACUUCACCUCAUCGAGGAUCCCUUUGCAUCGUUGAUCGAAGUCCAUCUCGCAUCAGCCGUUUAAUCUCUCUGUGCUCUCUAGUUCAUCCAAGUUCCAAACUCUUACAGUUUUCAGUUCAGUUCGGUCAGACUAAUCUGCUGUUACUAUCCAAGUUCAUUUCCAGGUCAUCAGGGGUAGAACUUAGUAGUCGUGUAAUAGUGUAAUGCCAUAUCGAUCUGCAUCUUAUCUGUGGACCAUCGAAACGAAUU